GCCGCGGGCCGGGAACGCACCGCCUCGGCGGGGCGGGCGCUGCCUGAGGGGAGCGGGGCCGGGCCGAGGGGGCCGGGCCGUGCGGCGGGAUGCCGGGGCUGGUGGUGUUCGGGAGGCGCUGGGCCAUCGGCAGCGACGACUUCGUCCUCCCGGGGGCCUUCGAGCUGUCCCUCCGCGUGCUGUGGUGGAUCGGAAUCCUCGUGCUUUACGCCGUUCAUAAAGGGCAGUUCAACUGUCCCGGGGGAGGAUUACUGCACAGCUACCUGCUCGUCCUCCUCGUCCUUCUCGCUGCUAUAAUAUGUGCGUUAUCCGCUCUUGUGUACAUCAGUAUGCAAGGAACAAUUUCUAAUCCAGGCCCAAGAAAAUCACUUCCCAAGCUACUUUAUACUCGCCUACUUCUCUAUUUGCCUGAAUUCAUCUGGGCUAUUGUAGGAGCUGUGUGGGUGUCAGACAGCAGCUUGCAAUGCGAGAAGACUGUGAUAAAUGCCAUCCUGGGGACAGUUAUUGCAAGCUGGGUUAUCAUCAUCUUUACCAUCAUUGGAGUGCUAAUCGUCUUUGAUCCACUUGGAGGAAAAAAGACGUUUUACCUCACUGAUGGUGUGAAUCGGAACUUGGAAAGCAGCCAGUCAGGGCAAUUGCUAUUUAAUGUGAAGAACACUGCCACCAGAGUCUGGGAAAAACGAAUCAGGUUAAUGUGUUGUUGUAUUGUGCAAGAUGAUGACCAUCGAGUGGCUUUUACAAGUAUCGCAGAGCUUUUCCGCAACUACUUUUCAGACACUGAUCUGGUGCCAAGUGACAUAGCAGCUGGUCUGAUUCUACUCCAUCAAGAGCAAGAUAAAAUGGAAAGUUGUCCAAAAGAGCCUGAAGAAGUCCUCUGUCAUUCUCCAUCAUCUCUUGUGACUGAUGGUUUGGACAUUGAGCUGGAGAAUGCUGCUCACUAUAUGCUGUUUGCUGCAGCUGCUUAUGGCUGGCCCUACUACAUAUACACCAACCCAUUUACUGCACUCUGUAAGCUCAAUGGUGACUGUUGCGGAAGUAGACCAACAGAUUCUGAUAUAACGGGCAGUGAUCGUCAUAACUUUCACUUUGGAUCCAUCCUAAAAAUAACAGGACUGCAGUACAGAGACUUCAUUCAUAUCAGUUUUCAUAACAAGAUCUAUGAGAUUCCAUUUUUUGUUGCUUUGGAUCACAAAAAAGAAGCUAUUGUGGUUGCUGUGAGAGGAACCUUGUCUUUUGAGGACAUUCUCACUGAUCUGUCAGCAGACUGUGAAGACUUGACACUGGAGGAUGUUCUGGAGAACGGCUUUGUACAUAAGGGAAUAACUCAAGCUGCAAAUUACAUCUAUCAAAAGCUAAUAAAUGAUGGAAUUUUAAACCAAGCUUUCACAAUUGCUCCAGAGUACAAACUUGUGAUAGUUGGUCACAGUUUGGGUGGUGGAACAGCUUCUAUAUUGGCAAUCAUGCUAAGGAACUCUUUCCCAACAUUAAAAUGUUACGCCUUUUCUCCUCCAGGAGGACUUUUAAGCAAAACACUUGCAGAUUACACUAAGCACUUCAUUGUUUCAGUCAUUCUUGGAAAGGACCUUGUUGCAAGAUUAAGCAUGCCCAACAUGGAGGAUUUAAAGAGGAGAAUAGUGAGAAUUGUGGCAAACUGCAACAGACCUAAGUACCAGAUUUUGUUGCGUGGGUGUUGGUACGAAGUGUUUGGAGGAGAUCCAGAUAACUUCCCAACGGAGCUGGAUGGUAGAAACCAAGAUGCCCUGACCCAGCCUCUUCUAGCUGAGGAGAGUUUAAUGGUUCAUCGGUCCCCUUCGUACAAUGCCCUUGAUUGUGAAUCACACUUACAUUCACCGCCACAGUAUCCUCAUCUGUAUCUUCCAGGGAAGAUUAUCCAUAUUGUAGAAGAAUCCAGCUCUAAGAGGUUGUGCUCUUCAGAUAUUAAAUACACGGCAAGCUGGUCAAACGAAACAGUCUUCAGCAGCAUUUUAAUAAGUCCCAAGAUGAUAACAGACCACAUGCCAGAUGUUGUGCUCAACGCGCUGAACAGUUUGUCUCAGGAACACGGAUCUUGUAUUUCUUGUCAGACACGGGAACUUAACACCAAUGUCAUAUAACCAUAGCUGGAAAGAGGUAUGCUUUUGGUUUUUAAAUGCAGGUUUCAAGUAUUCACGAUAUAUUCCACUUUCAUAUAGCAGUGGAUUGCAGUACUUUUCUCUUACUGUGUAUAAUAAACCAGAGGUCUCAGUGGCCUUGUCUCUGCAGUGAUCUCAAGCAGUGUUGAUGGUUGAAGCGCGUAUUUCGCUCUUAUGCUGAAGCUUGCGCUUUUCCAAACGUGGACCAGUAGGACAAGGCCUAGCCCAGCUGCUGUGAACUGUCACAAGAGAGCUGCACGAUCAACUGACUGCUGGACUGACGUGAAGGCACGAGGCCAGCUCGGCCUGCUCCACAGAGCAGCGCCCUGUCAGACCUUAAAAAAAAAAAAAAUCCAGUUCUGCUUCGGAGCUGGUGCGCUGUGGUGUCCCGUUACCUGCCCCAGCAAAGCCUGGAGUUUGUGAUAGAGCAGGUGCUGUAACACAGCGCUGCAGCGUGAGCUGGCAGGAGGCAGGUAAGUAAGGGACUACUUGUAACCAAGCAGUAAGGUGGGUGGUGAAGGCAUACUGCCUCUUUUAAUUUCGUUUUGGUUUUGUUUUUUUUGAACUCAAGCAGUUCUGGUUGCACUACUUUUCUUAUAGAUUGUGGUAAUCCCUCGUGGUGGUGGGGUUGUGUUUAAGUGCUGCUUGGACAUGUGCAAUAUUCUUUGAUCUACCUGGUUUUUGUAUUUGUUGAUCCACAGAACUACUAUUAUUAGUUUGUUUGAAACUAAACUAAUACUAUAAUUACUUAACGAGGAAAAAAAAAUUGUUCUUGCUCUGUGUUCAUCAUGUUAUGCUCUAGCUCUGACUAAUGGAAAGAUCAAUUUGUAAUUCUGCCAAAAAUUUAAAAUAUAUAUAUAUAUAUAUAUAUAUAUUUGUAUGGUAGAACUGAUUUUAAAAAAAAAAAAGCUUCCUUGUUUCUAGUGUGUACUACUUGAACAAUUUUUUUAAGACAUUUCUUUCUUAUUAAAAGUCAUCGCUAGAAAUAAGUAACCAUAUGACAUGGUUGAGAAUGGCUAUGUGCUUGCUGUGAUGCUUAAUGCAGAGAAAAAAUAAAAUACAUGCUAAAAACUUGUUUCUUAUGUUCAGGUAUUCUGGGUAUAAGCCCCAAACUAAUGGUUUCUAGCUGGUUAUACAGCUCGAUGCCCUUCACUCAGGUAAGUCACCAGCAGUAGUGCAGGUCCAGCACCUUGACCACUGCACAGAUGGGCAGCCUGCUGCCUGCUGCAGCUUCACCCCUCCCCUCCCCUGGUGCACGAUGAGCUCCAGGUGAGGGGGGCUGGAGUACUGACACAUGCAGCACUACUCGAUUUACAGCUAAAAGGCUAAACAAAGUUGCUUCCACCAGAGCCAUCACUUUCAAAGCCUGUAAGAUUUAGAAGAAAGUAAGUAAUCAUCACUUUUAUUUGCAUACAAUAAGCUGAAUGAUGUAUGUAUGUGCUACAUGCAUUUUUUUCUGGUUGUCAGAAUCUUUAAAACAUGGGAGCUAGUGACAACACUGAUGCUGCACAGCCUCUGAAGAGCUGUUGUGAAGACCUGCAUUUAAUUCUCAUACGCAGCAUUGAGAGGCCAUGGUUAGC